AUGGAGAACGUGAACGCGUGCUCUGGCAAAGCGGUUAGUGACGAAUUCAAUGAGGACACUGCCAAGAGGAAAGAGGAGAUGCCGCUCUUGUUUAUGGACGAAUUACCAUCCAUUUUCCAGCAGAAUGCAGAGCUGGCGGCAAUCGCGACGUUCAUGGACAGCGAGGACGAAGAGGCAGAUGAUGACGACGAAGCGUCCUGGUCCAGCAGUAGCAGCAAGCCACGUCAACAGAAACGUGAUGAUACGUUGAUGAAGGUAAUGAGACAACGACGACGACAGCAACCCUAUGCUAAGUUGUCACCCAAGGACAGGAACAAGAAUAAGAGGGACGAGGCCAAGACCUCUGAUACUAAGGAACUGCAGCUUUUCAUGUCCAUGUUUCAUGUCAGUUAA